GAGGCGGCGUCAGAUGAGGGGGCGCUCUCUGUCUCCUUCCACCGCAGCUGAAGAGGAUGAGAUGAGCGGCUCCUCCUGUGAAGGAUGGCCGAGCUCUGAUUGAAUCGCUUCUGGUCAAAACUGUUGAGCAGACGCGUCCGCGCAGGAUUCCCCGAAGACAAUUAUUCCUCCAGGUCGAGCGCAGAGGGCAUUGGCCUCACUCUCCGGCCGCCACCAUGAUGAAAGGAUGCCUGCAGUUCCUUAUCGAGCCGGCCAAGAAGCUCAAGAUUAGACUCAAGGAGUCUCGUAAGCGAGUGAAGCAGGACAAGAAGGAGCCCCUGGUGGAGAGUCAGUUAUUUAUCAUGGAGCUGGGUCGGGAAUUGAACAGAAUCUGUCAGAGAUCCAGCGUCCUCAGCCACAUCUGGACCGGUGAGGACAUCUGGCCCGCCGGCGUCUGCAGAGACUUCAUCGUGGACUGGGCCGCCAUACUGGAAAAGAGGGUGCAGCACAAGAUCAUGCCGUCUGAGUACCAGUACGAGAGGCGGGAGAAGAGGGACUGGAAGGGCCACCUCCUGUGCAUGCUGGAGUCGGAGGGCGAGUACGACAUGGGGCCGUACAAGAGGGUCAUCCUGGACUGGACGCGGGAGAUUAAGAGCAGGGCUCAGCCCGCCGUCUGGCCCGGCGAGCCUGUGCUCAUGAUGCUGGACGACCUGGAGUUCCAGUGGAAGAGAGGCAGCCUGCCCAACCUGCUGCCGGCCGUGGAGCUGGUCAUGCUGGCCGUGCUGAAUGCCGACAGCCCAGUAAAGGAGGACGUGACCAAGCAGUGGCUGGUGAAAAAGCAGAGAAGCCAGAAGAUCGAUGCAGUCCGCUACAUCCCCCACGGCGUCUGGAAUUGGAUUUGCGAAGCAUCAGAGGAUAUCACCCUGGACUCGGAGUCUGCCAACCCUAACCUGCUCAUCUCCGCCGACGAGAAGCGCAUGAGGUGCGGCCUGGAGCGCCGCAGCGUCCCGCCCUGUCCGGGCCGCUUCGACGGCUGGUGGUGUGCUGUGGGCAAGGAGGCCUACGCCUCCGGACGCCACUACUGGGAGGUGGAGGUGGGCGAGAGGGAUUGGCGUCUGGGCGUGGCCAAAGCGUCCGCCGUGAGGCAGGGCUUUCGCUCCCUGAACACAGACACGGGAUACUUUACCAUCCGGCUGGAGAGAGGCGCGGAUCUGAAAGCCCUGACCGUUCCCGCCACCCUCUUACCUCAACGUCUGAUGCUGAGAAAAGUCGGGGUGUAUCUGGACUACGAGAUGGGCCAGCUGUCCUUCUACGACGUCGAGAAGCGUUCGCACCUGUACACCUACAACGAAAACUUCACCGAGGAACUGUACCCUCUGUUCGGGACCGUGGAGGUGGUCAAAGACCUGGCGAUCCGGCCGGCCGGCGUCCGGCAGCCGUGUCUCUGUCCCGGGCCGUGCCUGUGGACCUGAACUGCUCGGCACAAGCCGACCUCCUCAAACCUGAUUCUCCUCGGUCCACUGAGUCUGUGCUUGGUGUGCAGUCUGGACCGAAGGUGUGACUCCUGCUGAGAGGUGCCUUGCGAGGUCAGGAUCGAGAACUGCCAUUCAUCCGCAUUACACUUUGUGUUCCCCUGCCUUCAUGGUGACCAUAGUUCACGGGACCGUUUGUAUUUUGCAGCUUAACGUUUGAAGUGUCAGGUCCGAAUAGCCAUUUUUAGGUGGUUGUUUUCACUCUGGGCAUUUUCUGAAACACGUGGCACAUGAAGACAUUAGAUUUUCAUACUAUACAUUUUUAUCUUACAUUUUCCAUGACUUGUUGUAGAAGUUUUAAAAGUCGGAGUAUAAAGUGUGUGUGUGAUUGAGUGAGAGAGAGAGAGAGCCCUCCCCAGCAGAUAAUCGGUCUGGACUGACGCAUGUGAGCUCUUAAUCUCUGCGUGGCGGUUCUUCUAAAGCCUCCUGCAAACAUUUCCAGGCAUGAGCUUCAUGCAUCCGUGCUGUUGUUUUUGUGCAAAGCGUGAAGACGGUAAACACGAAUAAAUUAUAAAAAUGUCCCAUUUUUGUUUGUGAUCUCACACGUAGUUAUUGCAGCAGUCAACAAUCAGCAGUCAUUGUUUUCUUAUAAAUCUUUAUUAAGUGCAAUAUAACUGAUGUACAAAAAAAAUGCAAAAAAAAAAAAAAGAAAUAUGUACCUGCUUAUAUGUAAAUGAUACGUAAUGUUGAAUGUCUUUUUGAUGCGUUGCUCAUCAAUAUCCUGUAUGUUUACUGAGAAGGUGAUCUGAAAAUGUGUCAAAAGUCUUUAACGUGUGAACCCAAAGUACAGUAGAACCUGCAGCCGAAGCAAAUACAAUCUCUGUCUUCAAAACGUCCUUUCUCUGAUAUGUCUUCCAUUGAUCAAAUGUCAAUCUACUGAA